CUCCAGGUCGAGACUCCUGUUGGAAGUAUCCGGAGGGAAGCGUCCUCCUGUCGGAUCAAGUCACUGGAAAACACCGCGGUACCGCCGGGACACUCUGCGGGGGAAACAAGCACCAGCAGCGGGUUUGAAUCCGAGCCGGAGGAGAGCUGAGGCAAAGCGGGUCAGAGGACCACUGAUCGAUACCCUCGGGUUGUGUGUGUAUGCGCGUGUGUGUUUUCGUUUGGAAACACACACACACUCUCUCUCACAUAGUCACAGGUUGCUAGCGGAGUUGACGCUAACCGAGCUAGCCACGUUAGCUUCCCGCAGCUAGCCGUGUCCUCCACCUUUUUCCCAACCACCACCACCGGGACCAAACAACCCGCCGCAGCCGGAGUUAACGUUCGCCGAGGCGGCCGAACCCUCCCCGCACGGGCCGCUCCACGCACCGGGUCACGAUGUGGUGUUUUUCGGGGCGUGUGUCCCGCUGGCCGGCUGCUAGCCUCGGCUGACCGGAGCCUGCUCCGCGGACAUGGAUUCUCCUCCCGGGUUCUACCUCUCUCUCUAAAGCUGGACUUUGCGCUCGGGCCGUUUUAAGCCGCAGUCCUCCCCGGGUUUAAUCGCAUUCUGUCGGACGAGUGUUUCACUAAAUCCCGCCUGGGUCCUUUUCUCUGUGCGUGUUUUUAUUUUUUUCGGGAGGAGGAGGAGGAGGUAAAGAGAGGAAGAGGGGAAAGAAAAAAAAGUUUGGGAGAAGUUGAGGAUUUUUCCGAGCCUGUGGAAAAAUGGAUGCGGGUAUAGAGAAGGAAUGCAGCGCCUUGGGAGGGCUCUUCCAGCUCAUCAUGACGGACAUGAAGGCCAGUUAUCCGACAUGGGAGGACUUUGUGACCAAAGGAGCCAAACUGCAGUCACAGCUCAGGACGACCAUCGUGGUAACUGGAGCCUUCCUGGAUGCUUUUCAGAAGGUGGCAGAUAUGGCAACCGGGACCAGAGGUGCCACGAAGGAGAUCGGCUCGGCCCUGACCAGGAUGUGUAUGAGACACCGCAGCAUCGAGUCCAAACUCAAACUGUUCACUACGGCUCUCUCAGAAAGUCUCAUCACUCCGCUGGAGUUGAAGAUGGAGGAGUGGAAGAAAGCGGCCAGUCAGCUGGACAAAGAUCACGGCAAAGAGUAUAAAAAAGCCCGGGCAGACAUCAAGAAGAAGUCGUCAGACACCAUCAAGCUGCAGAAGAAGGUGAAAAAGGGGAAGGACCAGGCGCGGGGACAGCUGGACUGCGCUCUGCAGGACGUCAACGAGCGUUACGCUGUCCUGGAGGAAACGGAGAACCGAGCCGUGUGCAGGGCGCUGAUAGAGGAGAGGGCCCGCUACUGCAACUUUGUCACCAUGCUGAAACCUGUCCUGGACCAUGAGAUCAACAUGCUGGGAGAGGUGACCCACCUCCAGACCAUCCUGGGAGAUCUGAUGAACCUGACAGCUGAGCCCAAUAAACUUCCUCCAGCCAGCGAGCAGGUCAUCUCAGACCUGAAAGGUUCUGACUUCAACUACAGCUACCAGACACCUCCAGCUUCUCCCAGUGGCACACUGUCCAGGAAGAGCAGCAUCAGCAGUAACUACCAGUCUGGAUCGGUGAGACACGUUCCCUCACUGGACUCCAUCAGCUGUGCUGUGGAUGGAGUACACAUCCAGGACACACUGGGAUCCAACAAUCAGCUGGCUGCUGGGGGAAGUAGAGGCCCGGAGAACGGGCUGUUGGCUCCACCACACAGCGUCUACGGAGAGAGAACACGAGCCAUGUCUGCAUCUGGGAGGUCUUGCUCGGCCCGGGAUCAGCUGGCGUUGACCCUGGGUGCGUUGAAUUCGGACGCCCCGAGGAGCAGCCGGGACUCUCUGCACUGCUCCAGCGGCUACAGCACCCAGACCACCACCCCGUCCUGCUCCGAGGACACCAUCCACUCACACACUGUAAAGAGAGAUCCUCCCCUCUAUGUCGACUACGAGUGCAUCUCUCUCCACGGAGACGCCGACUCCAUCUCCUUACACCACCUGUCCCACGGAAACAGCCAGUCCGACUUCGACAGGUCCUCCACCAUGCCGAGGAACUCUGACCUCGGUUUACAGUACAGGAAGUUCGCUCAGUCCAAACGCCCCGCCUCCACCGUCAGCCUGUUGGCCGACCCCGAGCUGAUGGGCGGGUCUGUCCGCCAGCUGCCGUCCCACACGGCGACCAUCAGGCGCAAGCCGUCGUCCAAGCCCACGUAUCGCAGGGGGACAAUCAGCGGGGGGGUGCCCAUCCCCAUCAGCACUCCGAAGGUCCCCAUGAAAGCUAUCGGAGGAAGCGGGGGUAGCGAGGACAAUGUUUUCAUAGCGCCCCCUCCUGUAGGACCAGGAGGCUUAGGUCACAACAAACUCUGCACGUCCACGCAGAGCCUCAGCGCCUUACCGCCCUCCUCCUCCUCCCCGUACUACCAGCUGGUCCCAGGCCACAUGCCCAUCCCAGUGCCUGGUCCCACUGUACCUUCCCUGCCAGCAGAGGGCAGCAACACCAGGCAACAGAGACAGUACCAGCAGCAACUGCAUCCGCAUCCGCACAACCAACAACUCCAGAUUCAGCAGCAGCAGCAAUAUUAUCAGCAGCAGCAUCAGCUGCAUCUUCAGCAGCAGCAGUUCCAGCAUCAACAGGAUCCAUAUCAGAAGCAGGAGCCGCUUCAGCAGCAGAUCCAGCAUCAGCAGGCUCUGCUUCAGCAACAGGAUCAGAAGCAGGAGCAGCUUCAGAAGCUUCAGCAGCUUCAGCAGCAGGUCCAGCAGCAGCAGGCUCUGCUUCAGCAACAGGAUCAAUAUCAGCAGCAGGAGCAGCUUCAGCAGCAGCAGUUCCAUCUUCAGCAGUCUCUGCUUCAGCAACAGCAGCAGGAUCAAUAUCAGCAGCAGGAGCAGAAACAGAAGCUGUUCCAGCAGCUGCACCAGCCCCAGCCCUCCUCCCCCCAGGCAGACCUCUCCUGGCCGGACCACAGCACUCACCCUCAGCCCCAUUCUCCUCCGCCCUCCAGCCAGGACCAGAACCCGGAGCCGCUGACCCAGGACGGUGGAGGUGGAGGAGGGCGAGACAUGCUGACCCUCAUGAGAGGAGUAAAGCUCAAAAGGACCCUCACCAACGAUCGCUCCGCCCCUUUUCUGCCGGCCCCAGCCAAUCACAAAUGAGGCUGAGCGACAGACUGUUUUGCUUCCCAGGGGGUUAACGUUACGUUUGAUGGGUUCAACGCCCACAAGAGGCACCUGAGGGUGUUAGCACAGACUUUGCAAACACACUGAUAAUCGCUGGUACUUGUCGUGUAUCGUGUUUUAUUUUCUUCCCUUUUAGGACGUUUUAGAUUUCUGUUUUAAAACAUUUUGAGACGUUGAUGUCUUUUCCUGUUGCUGUUGCAACCAUCUUUCUGCUUUUUUCUGCUUUUUGUUUGCAUUUUGAUUGUGCAUAAAGUUUUUUGUUUGACCCAGUCUCGCCGCAAGAGCUGAUUGUUGUAGUUAGCGCUCACCUCCCGGUCAGGUGACUGUUCUGCGGCUUGUUAAUUGGCCCAAAAUUAAGCUGUUAGUGUCUCAGAUCCUUUUCAGUCCUUUGUGCGUUUGAUUCGCCGGUUGCCUCCUCCUCCUCGAAGUAGGAGGGUGGGGUUUAGUCAUCAGUCCAGUAGCUCCACUGUGUCACGUGGUUGAACCGCGGCGUGUGGAGCUUUUAAUUUGCUUUAAUUUGUCGUAGAUUGUUUCAUUCGUCUCAAAGAGAUGAACUCAGGACCAGACUCUCCCUGAAUAAAUCAUCAACUAUGUGUCUGUAGACUGAAAAUACAUCAGAACAAAGAAAGCUGAGGGAACAGCGGGGGGGGGGGCGGCGGGGGGGCGGACUUGAACUUGAUUUCUUGACUUCCUCCCGUUUGAGUGGCAGCAGUUUCUGGCUCCUGGAUGACAGACGGUGCCACUAUAUGUGGAAAAGGAUUAAAAAUGUUACUGAGGGCAAAUGUCUGGUUUACUGUGUAAGUGAUUAACUGGUUAACAUGUGGAACGGUUGUAAUCGUUUGAAGAAAGGAGACGCUCCGGUUUGUUUGCAGCUUUUAGAGGCAACACGAAAACAGUCGCUCUUAGAAUAAAGAAAAAGUAGAGUUCAGAUCUCUAAUGUCUUAAGAGCAGACGUGUUUAAGGACCUGAUCGAACACUCUGCUCCCACAGAACAUUUUAGAUCUCAGUUUAAUAACUAAAGUCUGACCCACAUACAAUGUGUGAGGCUGAUGAUAAACAAUAACAGGAAGUGCUCUGUUUUUGACAAGAUCUAUAGAUCUGGUCUCUUCCUUCAAAGAUAGAUCUUAAAUCACUUUCCUUCAAAAACAAUCUGAAUUAACAAUAAGCUUAUGAGAUCUGCCAGGUUAAAUAAACGUGUUCAAAGAUGUGACCUCAGCUUCCGUCACUGAGGUUCUGUUAAACUUAGACUUUUAACUUUACAUUAAAAACAGUAUUUAUCUGCAGAGUUUGGUUUGGCUCCAGUAGCUGGUUCUAUUUGGAUCCUGUUCCCAAACAAGUUGGUUUAAUCUGAUCUCCUCUCAGUUCACAUGCACAGUUUAUGUUCUGGCCUGUAGAUCUGAUCCGUUGCCUCUACAAGUUGCUUAUGGAGCGUGGACCUGGCGUUGGGACCAGUUUGAGCAGGAGAACUAGGCCGUAGAUCCCAUGAAGCACCGGGGUCAGGACAUCGGUCACUGGAUCGACUCGGUGGUUAAAUCACAUUAGCAGGAGUUUGAGUAGAGUUGCUGAGUCAUUGUUUUCUAUUGGAUUAAUAUGAACAUAUUUUUUUAUUCCUUAAAAUCAUUUAGUGUGUAAUAUAAGAUAAAUUAAUAAGAAAUGCCUGACCGCCCCCAGAGAGCCAAAGGUGUCAUCUUCAAAUGUUCAAACUAUUUGUCUGAUCUUCAGUUAAUAAUCAUAAAAUCACCUUAAAAUUGUCUUAAUAUAACAAUAAAUACAAUAUCAAAACGGUGGCCAAGUUAUUUUUGUCGGUUAUUCGAUUCAACUCUACUUUUCAUUUUCAAAAAACAUGUUUCAAGUCUGUUUCUGUUUUUCUGAUGUUUUUUUACGUCAAUAUGUUAUUAAGUCGAAAGCUUAUAAAACUAUUCAAAAGAUUUAAAUAUCUGAAGGUUUUAGCGAAAGUUGCAACACAAAGAAAUACAAUCAAAUAAUAAAAUUGGCUUCAUUUUUCUAAAGAAGAAUAUAGUAAUUAUUUAUUAAAACUUAUUUAGAUAUUUGCCUAUUUGUUGCAGCUCUGUUACAGAUUUAAAAACCAUGACACAUGAUCUGUUUCUGAUUUUCUGAUAUUUCUUUAACCAGAAAACCUAACAUAUUUUCCUCCUGAGUUAAAUACCUUCGGGUUUAAAGUCCAUAAUGUUGGAAAAUUUAAUUUACAAGCAACAUGAGUCAGUUAUGGAAAUGAAAUGUCAGUGUUUGACCUCCGUGACCCCGUCUCCGGCCCUGCUGGGACGCUGCCUGCCAGAGACCAGCUGCAUGCUGGGAAAUGCAGUCCGGUCUCUGGUCCUGGUCGGACUUCAGAGGAAAGGUUUCUGUUUAUUUUUGGAUGUUUUUUUUGCAGCUUAAUCCAAUGUUUUAUUUUGUUGUAAGUUUUAUGAAAGUUGCCUUCUGAUCAGAGUCAGAGCUUCUGAUAAUCAUUUGACUGAUUAUUGAUUGAUUGAUUGAUUGAUUGAACCGUCAGUUGUGUAUAUAUCAAUGCUUCAUUCCUGGCAGAGCCCGAAUUCUAAAUAUAAAAUGUAUGUGAACAUAUCCUGAUUGUAUUUUUAUUGAUUUAAUGAUCUGACGACUUAAUCGUUCGUAUUUUUGUAGAAAAGCUUUAAAGGAGGAAACUCUGUGAACUUCCUGAGGUUCGAGGAUCUGAAGCCUGAUUGGACGAUUGACUGGAGAAACGACGACAACCAACAGAAUGUAGAAAUGUGUUGUUCUUCAUCUUUUCACGUUCACUGUGGGAUCAAUAAUAAUAAUUACAACUGAUUCAUCA